AUGCCUUUAAAUAUAUUAGAGACAGCAAUAAUUAAAGGUACUGAUCAUAUACCAUAUUUCCACCAAAUCAAAGUUGCUACUCCCAUUGUUGUCACGGCAGGUCUGAUCAAGUAUUGGUCGCGUGGAGGCUCCAAUACAUGGGAAAGAAAACUCCAUGGGAAAGUUUACAUAGUGACAGGAGCAACAUCUCAAGGUAUGGGGACCUCCGCUCUCCUAGAGAUGGCAUUACUAGGUGCGCAAUUGAUUGUUCUAACUAGAACUGUAGAUGAGUGGACGACCGACUGGUGUAAUGAUCUUCGAGAGAAAACAGGUAAUGAUCUUAUUUAUAUUGAAAAAUGUGAUUUAAGCGAUUUGCAUCAAGUGCGUAAAUUUGCCACAGGCUGGUUAAAUAAUUCACCACCAAGAAGACUUGACGGUGUAAUAAUAAUGUCUGGAGAAAUGGAACCAUGGGGCAUUCCAACUAUAUCUCCACCUGUCAGAAGAUCUUCUGUGGAUGGAUUAGAGUUACAAAUGGCUACCAAUUUUGCCGGUAUUUUUCAUCUUUUAGAUUUGUUGCAACCUAGUUUCAAGGCGCAACCACCAGACAGGAGUGUAAGAAUUCUUGUAACAACCUGCUGGUUACAGUCACUUGGUGAUGUCAAGGAGGAAGAUGCACUCUGGCAAUCACAAAAAUUCAACAGUUCAUUGAAAUUUUUUGCUAGCAGUAAAUUGCAACUAUCCCUAACGAUUUUAGAACUACAAAGAAGAAUUAGAACAGAGAUGCAGAAAACAAAGCAUGAUGGAGUUGAAAGAACUGGUAGAAAUGUUUCAGUCGCAUUAGUGCAACCAGGCACAAUGCGCUCGCUUAGUUUGCGCCGUGUGAUAAGUAAUGGAUCAGUUGUGAUAUUAUUGAUUUUCUAUUGUUUACUAUUGUACCCAUUAUUGUUUUUAUUCACAAAGAGUGGACGUCGCGGUGCUCAAAGUGUACUUUAUGCACUAAUGACACCAGAACUGGAAGAGGUAAAUCUGAAAGACGAUGAAGUUAAAUAUAUUUCUGAUUGUGCACUUGUUCAAUUGCCACGUAAAGAGUUCAAAGAUCACGAACUACAAAAAAAACUAUAUGAUAACACCAAAAGAGAUAUAUAUGAACUGGAGAAAAAAAUGGCAAUUAAGAGAAAUCAAAAGAAAAAGGACUAG